UGACUUUACGGUGCAGUUAAUAAUCGAGACUUCAUUCAUUUUCGUGUAAUAGUUGAAUAGUCCCUUAAAUAGGGAUUUAUUCUCGUUUUGUGACAGUGAUAAUAUUCAGUCAGUAAUUCCGUAAUCAUGGGGAAAGGGUUCAAUAAUUAUAUGUGCAAAAAAUUUUUCCACCCUGCUUCGAGGGAUAAUUUGAAACGGGUAUGGAUGGCAGAACAAAAGGCUGAAGCAUAUAAAAAGAAACAGGAGGAACUACGACAGCAGUAUGAAAAAGAACAGGACCUCCAUGACAACAAAGCUAUGCUCAGUAAGGAAAGCAAGGAUAAGCUCAGCAUCAAUUUUAUGUAUGAACCACCUCCUGGCGCGAAAAAAGAAAGGGAAAGAGAAGAUAACGAACCUGAAUAUAAAUUCGAAUGGCAAAGAAAAUAUAAUGCCCCUCGUGAGAGCUAUUGUAAAGGAGAUCAAGAAAUCAGAGAUCAACCAUUUGGUAUUCAAGUUCGAAAUGUGAGAUGUAUUAAAUGUCACAAAUGGGGCCAUAUUAACACAGACAAAGAAUGUCCUAUGUACAAUCUAUCAAUGAGUGCUGCAAGAUCUUUAGAGAAUUCUGAAAUAAUGGAUCAAAAUACACUUGUGAAUCAAAUGUUGGAGGAAGGUUUGGCUUUGAAAAAGCAACAUGCUUCCAUUUCAGAAAUGUCCAAACAUCAGUUGAUAACGAAUGGCGAAGAGAAUUGGGAAGCUACUUUCCUAAAAUCGUUAUCCUUCAAACAGAAGAAGGCUCUCUUGAGGAAACUAGAAAAAAUCGAGAAAAGGCUCAAAAAAGAAAAAAAAAAAGUAACCAAUAGUGUACAUUCUGACGAUUCAUAUACUAUGAAGAAAAAUCGAAGAAAAUCAUCUAAUAAAAAUUACAGAGGUGAAAGAAGAUAUGUAAAUAAAAAUUCUAGAAGCUUGAGUGACAGUUCUGAUGAUCAGAAACAUAACAUCCGAAAUGAGCCGAUCAUAGGCAUGUUAUGAGAGAGAAAGUGGGGACAAAAUGAACUUGAGGACAAAAAGCUCUAGUGGUAGUGAUAUUGAAAGAACAGUAUAAAGGAAGACAGGAUACCAAGAAUAAUCAUGGAAGUAGAAAGACAAGUGGUAGCAGUUAUACCGAGAGGGAAGAUGAACGAAACAGUAACAAAUUCAUUAGCUCAAAAUGUAAUCUUAGAUUGAAACAUCAUGAUUAUGAAGAAAGACAUAAAGAUAGAAAUGGUACUAAAUACCACAAAUCAUGGAAAUUCUAGUAGUUCUGGGAGUGAAGAAGAAGAUAGAAGUAGAAAAUAUAGCCAUGUAAAGAGGACAAAAAACAUUUUAACUAUGAUAAUAAAGAGUUUGUUAUAUCAACUUAGCAAUUUUUAGUGCAUUGACAUUUCAUGUGACUAUAAUCUUGUACAUAUAAUAUAAAAAAGUAAAUUUGGAUUAAAUGAAGCAUAUGUAUUUGAAUUUUGAUUUUUUCCAUUGUUGAUCAAUGUAUUUUCCCAAUGUCAAUAAAUAAAAAUACCUCAUUA